GCGUUGUGGGCUUGCGCGCGCGACGUUACCAUCGCGCCGACGAGCGUCAAACGCGAGGGGGCAACGAUCGUCUGCGGAAUCGACGAGGCGGGACGAGGGCCGCUGGCAGGACCGGUCACCGCUGCGGCGGUGAUCCUGGGCGGGCGUUUUCCGGACGAACGUCUGGACGACUCCAAGGUAGUGCACCCGCAGACCCGCGAAGAGCUGGCGCCGCUGAUCCGCGAACACUCGCGGGCGUGGGCCGUCGGCUGGGCAUGGCCGGAGGAGAUCGACCGCAUCAAUAUCCACCACGCGACGCUGCUGGCGAUGGUGCGUGCCUUCCGCGGGCUGGAUGUCACGCCCGGCCUGGUGCUGGUCGACGGCCGCUUCGCGCUGGCGGUGGGCGCGCCGUGCCGGGCCGAGAUCGACGGCGACGCCCGCAUCCCGGAGAUCAUGGCGGCGUCGAUCCUGGCCAAGACGGCGCGUGACCGCUGGAUGGUCCGGUACGCCCGCAUCGACGACCGCUACGGCUUCGAGUCGCACUUCGGGUACGCCACGCGCAGCCACCGGGAGCGGCUGCGGCUGCACGGACCAUCGCCGAUCCAUCGCCGCAGCUUCAAGCUGUGCUAA